AUGGUGGGCGACGCGUCGGUGCCGGUGCACGGGCUCGUGGUGGGCGGCCAGGACGCCGCAGAGAACGAGUUCCCCAGCCAGCUGUCGGUGCAGGUGCAGCGGCCGGAAGAGCCGUCCACAUGCCGCCACGCGUGCGGAGGGGUCGUGCUCAACCAGUACUGGGCGGCCACCGCGGCGCACUGCGUCGCUUCUCGCCUUCAGGACAUGAACUUGUUGUCGGUGUUGUCCGGCACGACACGGCUUCACGAGGGCGGCACGCGACACAAGCUGCAGGCGGCCGUCGUCCACCCGGGCUACGACGGCGACACACUGCUACACGACAUAUGCAUCCUUAAGGUUGCGGAGCCGUUCCAACUGGACGGUGUGAAGGUCGCUGCAGCGACGCUGCCGCAGCAGGGGCAGCCCGUGCAAGACGGCGCCGUCGCCACCGUCGUCGGAUGGGGGCUCUUGCAGGAGACGGACAGGCAGCCGUCGGAGCGGCUGCAGAAGGCGGAGCUGCGCAUCGUGAACCAGGAGGAGUGCCGGCGCGCCUACAAGACCGUGGGCGACCGAGUGCACGACACCAACCUGUGCGCCGGCGUGGCGCAGGGCGGCGUCGGCGCGUGCCAGGGCGAUUCGGGCGGCCCGCUGUUCGUGGACGGCGUGCUGGUGGGGCUGACGUCGUUCUCAUAUGGCUGCGCCCGGCGCAACUUCCCUGCCGUCUUCACACGUGUCGCCUCCUAUGUUGACUGGAUAAUGCAGCACAUACAGUGA